AUUCAGUUCACUGCAAGCUGAGGAGCACACCCAAUCUAUCCUUCUCUAUGGAGGCCGCACAUUAUACUCUGAAGGCCACCGUGGCCCACCUGUGUCACUGCUCUGGAGGCAUCAACAGCCCUGACCAAGGAGGAAGUAACGCUAUUCUAUGGAGGCCUUGGCUGUUUUCAUCUAGAGAGAGAGCAUCAGACACACAGCAGAAACUGGGUGGCAUGACAGACAGUGAUAGUGAUGCCACUGGAAAGAAGGGGGCGCUGGGAUUUCAACACCCUGUACGGCUUUACAUGCCAAAAUCGAAGACAGAGGAGUACUUAAAACACAUGGGGAAAAAAGUUCUUGCCAGUUUCCCAGUACAGGCCACCAUACACUUCUACAAUGAUGAUUCCGAGUCUGAGGAGGAAGAAGACUAUGAGAUGGACUAUUAUAACUAUUAUCAGAAUUACAAUGGUUUUCCAGGAAGAGACACUCGAAGCAUGGUGGAAGAGGACUCAGCAUAUUCCUCAGGAAAGACACAUAGCACCAAUUAG